GAGCCCAUAUUGAUACAGUUCUUCUUUUUCGUCUUCUUCCUUCUUAAUUCUUAUCCAAACGCCAUACUUACUUACCUUACUUCAAUUCAAACCAGAGACAGAGAGAUAACCAACAACAACAACAACCACUCUCUUCUCAUUACCAACCUCAACAAUGGCUGCUUCCACCACUCUCGGACUCUUUUCUGCAAACACUUCCACUCGAAUUUCCUUCCCAAAAGUGGACUCAUCAUCAUCCAUUAGAGUUUCUCUAAAGACCAAUGCUUGCGCUGUUUCCGACCUUGGGUUCAUCACUUCGCAGCUCAGUGGACUCAAAAUCUCUAAAGUUGUCUCCAUUCAACCUGCCCGACCCAUCUUCACCAAAUUCUCUCCUGCUCUUCAACCUGUUGCCCGUAGAAUUUGUCCCUUCACUGGAAAAAAGGCGAACAGAGCAAACAAAGUCUCUUUCUCAAACCACAAGACAAAGAAGUUGCAGUUUGUAAACUUACAGUACAAAAGGGUUUGGUGGGAGGCAGGAAAGCGUUUCGUGAAGCUUCGUUUGUCAACGAAAGCAUUGAAGACCAUUGAGAAGAAUGGUCUUGAUGCUGUUGCCAAGAAAGCCGGGAUUGAUCUUCGAAAACUAUGAUGCUGCUGCCUUGACGGUUUUUUUACCUUUUCGAUUCUGUUGGCAAAGGCAUGCCUGAUCAUUGUAUUUUGUUCUAAUCAAUUACUUUUUGUUCUCUUCUUGUCUCAAUCUUAUGUAGAAUCUUUUUUAUCUGUAAUAUUUCCCUACUUUGUGUAAAUUGAUCGCAUGCGGUUAUAUGAUCAAGAUUCAUGGACAUGGUCAUUAUCUGUUUUGAAUACUCAUGAAAUCCCAUUUUACUUCCUUU